UCAGCAAUUCGUGGCAUCUCCCAUUAUUUAUUUAUUUUUGUUCACUUUCUAUAUCCAAUCCAAACUUCCCCAGGAUUGAGAAUGGGAGAGAGCUGGGGAUUCACCGGAAGAUGAGGAUGAUGACGUGUGCGAGAGCAGCCCUUCUCCUACCACUCCCCACCUCCCAUCAUCCCCUUUCCGUCCUUCCUCCCACCGCUUUCUUUAGCGGCACAAAUGCGGAAUCGGAUAGACACACCUGGGCUGCUCCGCUCUGGUCUGUGCGGCGGGGAAGCGGAUACGGCCUCUCCGCCACCACCGCCUCGGGGCGCCGGCGAGGGUGGCAGAGGGAGGCGGGCGGUGUCUCCGACGAGGACGACGACGAUGGGUGGGAGGAGGACGACGACGGGGAUGAGCCGCUGAUGCCCUUGGAGGAGAUGGCGCGGUGGAUGGAGAACAAACCGGCUGGGUUCGGGGAAGGGAAGAGGUACGAUACCACGCUCGAGGAGCAGCUCUUGGACGAGAUGGAGAGGAGCAGGAAAGCCCAGCUUGCCAACAUCAAUAAGCUCAAGAGCGAAAGCAAGAGCGCGGCCGCCACCCGGCCAAAGAAGCAAGAGCCACGGCGUAAAGAAGUAGAUGUUAUUCCAAGUGUGGCUCGUGUACGCAUGUGGAACCUUCCAAGGAAGAAGAACAUCCACAGAGACUUGCUUUUGGCUUUCAAAGGGUUCUCUGGUAUUGUUAAUAUAAGCCCAGCAGUUUCUGGGAACCAAAAGACCAGGGAUCCUGUCUGCAAGGGUUUUGCAUUCUUUGACUUUGAGUCGGAGGAAGCUGCAAACAGGUUUGUACAGAAAUAUUCCAAUACACAUGUGCUUUUCGGGAAGGUACAGAAGCAGAUUACUUGUGUUGUCAUAAACUCGCGUAGCUCUUCCAACGCUUCUGAGCAGUCUAUAGAUGGCAUUCAGACAUUCUCUCAGCCGAAAGUUACUGACCUGGGAGUUGAGGUUCCUGUAUGGUCUGACAUGAAUAAACUUUCACAGAAUUCUUGUGGUGAAACUAUUGACAUAGCAGUAGUUGACAAGACUGGACAAGAAUGUGUAGUGAUUGAGAAUGGCACAGAUGGCCCGAUAUCUCAUCUCGAAGCGAUAGAAAGUACUGCCCUUUCAUAUGAUGGUGAGAAACGGUGUGACAAAACUGCAGACGCGUUGGAUUCAAAUCUUUCUCCUCCAUUGCAACGACAAAGGAAACAAAAAGAUUUAAAGAAGAAAACAAUCAAGAAAAUAUCACCGAAGACAUCAAAUUUGAGCCUCCCCGGUUCUGUGACCAGGUUAAAGAUCAGGGAGAGGGCAGUCCUCACCGGUGUUUUCUCCAAGUAUGGAGGAAAUGUUGCUGCACCUUUGUCAAAGGAGAGCUGAUUGACAGCAUUCAAGUGCUCGUGUCACAUCAUCAACAGUUCCGAAGAAACCACUGGUUACUGCAUCACUGGUGCAAGGAAACCUAAUGUUGUUUGAGGGUGGAUAAACCCACUCUAGUUGUAACAUGGUUAAUGUAAGCUUUUUGCACACCACUAAUUUUUGCCAUUUGCGUUGGAUACAUGAAUUUUGCCAUUUAUUGCAUAGUGACGAUUUUAGCUAA